ACGCGCGGGCGCUACCAGGAGGAAGGGGCGGAGGGGAGCGGGCGAUAUGGCGGGGGUGGUUGAAUGGCAUCAGCGGCCGCCGAAUCCGAAGAACCCUGUGGUUUUCUUUGACGUCAAGAUCGGCGGGGUAUCCGCAGGCAGGAUAAAGAUGGAGCUGUUCGCCGACAUAGUUCCCAAGACGGCUGAAAACUUCAGGCAAUUUUGCACUGGGGAGUUCAGGAAAGGAGGCAUACCUCAAGGAUACAAAGAUUGCGCAUUUCACCGGGUGAUCAAGGACUUCAUGAUUCAGGGCGGAGACUUUGUGAAGGGCGACGGGAGCGGUUGCGUAAGUAUCUAUGGGAGCAAGUUUGAUGAUGAGAACUUCAUCGGCAAACACACAGGACCUGGAUUACUCUCGAUGUUUUUCAUUACGUGUCAGAAGACAGACUGGCUGGAUGGAAAGCACGUUGUAUUCGGGCGUGUUCUUCUAGAUGGUCUGCUGGUCGUGCGGAAAAUUGAGAAUGUGCAAACGGGUCCGAACAACCGCCCAAAGCUGGCUUGUGUUACAGCGGAAUGUGGCGAGAUGUGAGGUAGGUGCGAGCAAUCAGCAUUGACCAGAGUGCCAAUCACAAACAUAUUAGGAAACUCUAGCAAUCUCUUUUGCAUGAACCAGAUGUCCUCCAGAUGGAGAUAGAGAGGUGUGGACGGAGAGAGAGAGGUGCGGACGGAGAUAUGUGUAGGUACAUGUGUCCGAACGACUGCCCACAGCUGCCUUGUAUCGACAGAGAAUGUGAGGCAGGCAUUCAUAGCCGCUCACAAACAUAUUUAGGAAGCUCUACCACUCGUUCCCAUGAACACGAUGUCCUCCAGAUGGAGAUAGAGAGGUGUGGAUGGAGAUAGAGAGGUGUGGACGGAGAUAUGUGUAGGUAGAUGCAUCCCAACGCCUGCCCACACUGGCUUGUAUAGACUGAGAAUGUGAGGCAGCCGUUCUCGGCACGUGUACCAGCUCUGCGCGUACAUCCUCAUCUUUGGGACACAGAAGCUCUAGCACUGUGUCCCACAAAAACCCAAGUGCCUUGCCUUCAACUCAGAGUUGUGACCGAAGGCAGAGACUUGCAAAAGGGGUCGUAUUGGCCAUUCCCAAACAUGGAUGGGCUUUGCCGUUGCAGGAUUUGCCGAGAUCUGAACGCAAGCAUGUAUACCCCAGCUCACCGUUCGCAUCCACUAUGGUAGUUCUACGAACUUCUACCAGCCGGUUGCGUGAACUUGCCUCCUGCCAUCCAUGCGUGAACACGGAAACAGAUUGAGAUAUCUUCGUGGAAGUUUCGUAGAAUUUUCGUAGAAUUUUCGUAGAAGUUUCAUAGAAGUUUCGUAGAAGUCUGACGUCUGCAGUUGGGAGAGUGUUGUAGAUGCUUAGAGUUGUCUUGGGAAGUUGGGAGGGAUAGCCGUCGUAGCCAUUAUUUUUGCUUCUCGUAGAAGUACUUUGUACUGCCUUGAGUGCUUCAGAAUCAGAAGGGAAGAGGAGGAAUCAGAGUAUACUCGCUUUUUUUUGUGUGUCUGUGUUGUUGGUGCUGAGGUGAGUGUUUGUGCAUAAGGGGACAUGCUGCCUGGUUUGUUUGAUUAAGUUUUAUGUGUGCACACUGCAAAGCAUUUGCUCUCUCUUGAGUCGGGCCUCGGCUGCAGGUUAAUGAUUGAUAUGAUUGAUACGGUUACUUUGGGCAUUGCCGCACUACAUAACCUUCUAAUGUAUAACUGGUAAUUGUCUUGAUACAUUCAAAAUAUGUUGGAUCAUUCUGAAUGUAUCUGGUCCGAUUUGUUCUCCACAUACAUAGUCAAUGUUUUGAGUAGUGGAGCGAAGCCCUCUGAAGAUGGUUUUGAUUGUGCUUUACAAGUGUUGGCUUGUGCCUGCACCUGCUUCCUCCUGUUUGUGUUUUUGCUUAUUUCUCCAUUUUACGCAUCUACCAUUUUACGUUUCUUCCCGCCGUUCCCUUCUGGGGGCACACAGUCAUAUGUAUGAGCAUAUGCAUGCGUGUACCAUUUUACGUUCCGAACGUA